AUACACGCACACGCGCGCGCACACAAGUUACGUUCAGACACAUGACAGGCCUACAAAGCAACCAGCUUAGCUAGUUUUGCUGCUAGCCGGAUAUAAUCAUGUUUGUAGCGCGUAGUAUUGCAGCAGAUCAUAAAGAUCUAAUUCACGAUGUGUCGUAUGAUUUCCACGGCCGGAGAAUGGCAACUUGCUCCAGUGACCAAAGUGUCAAGGUUUGGGAUAAAAGUGAGAAUGGAGAGUGGCACUGCACAGCCAGCUGGAAGACACACAGUGGAUCAGUGUGGAGAGUGACCUGGGCUCAUCCAGAAUUCGGGCAGGUUCUGGCCUCGUGCUCCUUCGACAGGACAGCUGCUGUGUGGGAAGAGAUUGUGGGAGAGUCCAACGACAAGCAGAGAGGACUGAGCCACUGGAUAAAGAGAACCACGCUAGUGGACAGCAGAACCUCGGUGACCGAUGUGAAGUUCGCCCCUAAACACAUGGGCCUGAUGCUGACCACCUGCUCCGCGGACGGAGUGGUGAGGAUCUACGAGGCCCCCGACGUGAUGAACUUGAGUCAGUGGUCCCUGCAGCACGAGAUCUCCUGCAAGCUCAGCUGCAGCUGCAUCUCUUGGAACCCCUCGAGCUCUCGUGCCCACCCGCCAAUGUUUGCAGUGGGGAGCGACGACAGUAAUGUGACGUACGGUGGGAAGGUUCAGAUCUAUGAGUAUAAUGAAAACACCAGGAAAUAUGCCAAAGCAGAGACGCUGAUGACGGUCACCGACGCCGUCCAUGACAUCUCAUUCGCCCCAAACCUGGGGAGAUCCUUCCACGUGCUCGCCAUCGCAACAAAAGACGUCCGAAUCUUUAAGCUCGUUCCCAUGAGGAAGGAGAGCACCUCCACGGGACCCAGCAAGUUGGAGGUGCAGAUUGUGGCUCAGUUCGACAACCACAACUCCCAGGUGUGGCGUGUGAGCUGGAACAUCACCAGCACCCUGCUGGCCUCCUCCGGUGACGAUGGCUGCGUGCGCCUCUGGAAAGCAAACUACAUGGACAACUGGAAGUGCACGGGCAUCCUGAAAGGGGACGGCAGCCCGCUCACCGGCUCCUCCGGUCAGCCCACAGCCAUGAGCACCGUUGUGGGCUCCUCGGUCCAGACCUCCCAAAACGCCCUUAACGGGAUGUCUGCAGGAAGGAUUGGCAAGAGAGCUCCCUUUGCCCCUCCUCUGCGGCAGCAGCUGACCUCUCCAAAGACAAACCAGCAUCCUGCGUAUUACUAAUGUCUCUGCACCAGCUGCCACUUGCCCUUGUGUCAAUGCAUUUGAAUAUGUCAUGUCCUAGCUGAAUACUUGCUGGUGAAGGGCUCUGUGAUGGAAUGUAAACCCUCACGGUUCUGCUUUCACAGCUUCCGCUUUGUUUAGGUUCCAACCUGUUUGUUAGAGAACGCACAUCCACCUUUUAGAGAAUAAACCCUUAUCACUUCUCUGUCUGCCAUUCUCCCCUCUCUUUUUUCAGUUUCUAAAGCAUACAUGCAUUCUUUUUAAAAUCUCUCAUUUCUACUUCCUUUUGACGUGUUUCCCCCUCCCCUAUUCCAUCGUCUUCUCCCUGUCCGUGUGUCUGUCGUCUGCGUCUCCAUCCGUUUUCUUUGUGUUGCUUCAGGUAUUUCUUUCCGCCUCUGGAUCCUCCCA